GCCAGUCUCCUCUCCCGUCAGCGCCUCCAACAUGGACAUCGAUAUGAAGAACAAGGACGAUGUUGACGAGAAGAAGGAUUCCAGAGAAAGGGAUCGUGACUACGAUAGAGACCGCGAGGACCGCGAUAGGCCGAGCAGCAGGAGAGAGAGGGACACCCGCGAUCCUCGCGACCCUCGAGACCGGCCGCGCGACUCUGGGCGCAGCCGCCGAGGCGAUCACUAUGCUCCGGAUGACAGGCGCAACGGGGAGCGGCGGCGACGCUCUCGCUCUAGGUCCCGUUCGCGAUCUAGGCGUCGUUCCAAUUCGCCGCGGCGCCGAUCCCGCCGUUCAUCCCGUUCGAGGUCGAGUCCGCGCUCCCGUAGUCGCUCGCGCAGCCGCGAACGCAGCCGCCGGGACGAACCCUAUCCUCGGUCGCUCGGAGGGCCUAUGAACGCGCCGCACGAGGAGGCCGUCGAGUUUGCAAAGCAGAGCAAGCGCGAAAACCGGGUCUACGUUGGCAACCUCAGCUACGACGUCAAGUAUCGUGACCUGAUGGAAUUCAUGAGGGGAGGUGGGUUGGGGAAAUCUCAGCUUAGUUUUUGGAUCGGAUUGGAUUUCGAGUUGUUGUUGUGGUGGAUGCGGCCGUUUCGUUCACUGGAGAGGAUGCCAUCUCGCAUGCAACAUCUGGGUCUCUCGAGGAGGUCGGAAGCGGAGUUGUGUUUGGAGGCGCUAAUCGCGAUUGAGAGGAUGUCGUCUGGCUUGCCGGUGCAACAUAUGGGUCUCUUGAGGAGGUCGGACGCGGAGUUGUGCUUUGAGACGAUGAAUGGGUUGGCUCCUAUACAUUUUUGGCUCGGUGAUGGGUAAAGGGAUAGGUUAUUGAUCGGAGCUUUCUAUUGGGGUUAUUAGCUGGUGAGGUAUUGUUCGCCGAAGUCCUGGUUACGCCAACUGGCGUUUCGAAGGGUUGCGGUAUUGUGGAGUUCGCCUCCCAGGAGGACGCUCAGCGCGCGGUCCGAGAACUUUCGGAGGUGCCGCUGCUCGGCCGCCCCGUCUUCAUUCGCGAGGAUCGCGAAAAUGAGUCUCGUUUCGGCGCGACCCCGGUUCCUGGCAAGAUAGGUAUGGCUAUGGCAGGCCGUGGUCUUAACGCCGCUCCACCUCCUCGCCCUGCGUCUCACAAUGCUUUCGCGGGCAAUAACCCAGGGAACCAGUUGUACGUUGGAAAUCUACCCUACCAGGCGGGUUGGCAAGACCUGAAGGAUUUGUUCCGCUCCGCUGGAAACAUCAUCCGCGCUGAUAUCAAUAUUGCGCCCGACGGUCGCCCUAAGGGCUCUGGUACUGUCAUCUUCGAAACUGCAAAGGACGCGCAGAAUGCUAUCAAUAUGUACAACGGCUUCGAUUGGUACGGUCGGAUCCUCGAAGUCCGAGAGGACCGCUACGCUGGCCUUUCUGGCCCCGGAUCCUUCCGAGGCGGAUUGCGUGGCGGCCUCCGUGGUGGACUUCGCGGCGCAGGACGCGGGCUUGGAGGUCGUGGAGGUUUCGGUGGACGAGGCGGCUACGGCGCCAGCGGCGGUCGUGACGUCUCCAAUUCCGAUUUGUACGCGCCCUACUCCGGCCCCGAUGCAGGUGGGUCCGGCAUGCGUGCUGAUGACUAUGGUGCUGGGUAUGGCAAUGGGUAUGGCGGCGGCUUUGGCGGCGCCGUCGUUGACGCAGAACCUAGUCAGCAGAUCAUGGUUCGAAAUCUCCCGUGGUCUACCGCUAACGAGGAUCUGGUGGAAUUGUUUGAGACGACGGGUCAGGUCGAGCUGGCUGAAAUCCUCUUCGACGGAACUCGGUCGAAAGGGAUGGGUGUCGUGCAAUUUGCUCAGGUCGCGGAGGCGGAGACUGCUAUCGCCAAAUUCCAGUCGUACGUGUACGGUGGCAGACCGUUAGACGUACGCUUCAACGAUCGCUGGCAUACCUUCACCCCGACCGCGGCCAAGGGCGGUCAGGUUGCCCCCAUGCAGACGGAGGCAGCGUAAGAGGACCUGGAGCGCCUGUUCAUAUAAAAGGGUGCUUUUGCACCCAAGUACAAUUCUUGCGCGAUGCAGCGGAUACAUUGAUAAGUCUGAACAUGUGUUCCGUAUCCUUGCUAUGCUAUGUAUUAUGGUGCCGCUAAUGCAAUAAAUCGCGUGGUUCAUACACC